CAAACAGCACACGUGUGGAUGACCCCUCACACUCUGAUUAGCAGCAGCUCUCUCUCUCUCUCUGAAACCCAAACACACCACCACCAUGGAAACACAAAACGACACCGCUUCAUGGAGCUCUGCAACAAAUUGGUCCGUCGCCGCUGGCUCUCUCGUAAAUCGCGUCACCUUCGAGUCCUCCUUGUCCCCGAUCGACGGCGACGCUCUAAAUUCCCCCGCCGGAUCCCCCCUUAUUCUUCACCCUCCGUCGCCGGAUUCUGGACCUUGCGAGAUCACCAUUAAUUUCACACAAAAACAUGAGGUCCAGCAAAUUUAUGUUCGGAGUACUGCCCGAAUCUAUGAGAUAUACUAUGCACCUGAUUUGCAGAGUGACAACGAAUAUCUAUGUACUGUUCGCUGCGGAAUUGCUGCCAGAGAUGAAGAAGUGCUUCACACAGCUGAUAAUGAAGAAGUUCGUUCGGCAAAUUCAAAUGGGUCUCCUAAGGACAUAUCUGAAGAAAACCUAAGAAAUGGCAAUAACUUGAGCACCAGUGAAGAUGACUGGGUUGAAGUGAAAGUCCCAGAUGGUCAUGCGGUUGAUAAAAAAAUCAGCUCCUUGCCAUUCAAGUUCGGUUCUGAACAGGCUCUAUAUGAAGCUACAGCACAGAUGAGUGAUGUAAAUCCUUGUAUAUCUCUAACACUUCGUCUACUGUCACUUGAGAGGAAAGAUUGUGUUUAUGUUGAUGAAAUCUAUGUGUUUGCUGAUCCUGCUGAUUCGGUGGAUUUGGAAAACCAAGCGAGUACAGCGGAAAGCUCAGCUGGAAGCUCUCUCAUGGCCAUGUUUAUGCCUACCCUCUUGCAAUUAUCUAAAACAAGGAGUGUUAACCCAACCCAACAAGACUCCCAAAAGAUUGGUUCAAAAGCAUCUGAUUCUACCAGUGUUGCAACUAAGAUCCAGACAGAUAUUAAACCCAGCAUAUCCGAUCAUCAAGAAGUAAAGUUUCUGGAUGUGAGUAGGGAUACAUUUUGUAGCACCCAAUCACAGAUCCCUCUAGAGGUUCCUGUUACAGAAAGCAAAUCUGAUACUGCAUAUCAGCAUGUUGAAAGAUCUAUGGACCUGCUUUUUUCUCGAAUGGGCAGAAUAGAGGAUUUAUUAUUGAGGUUUGAAGACAAAAUGGUAAAGCCCAUAAGCAGCAUUGAGGCAAGGCUUGAGAGGGUAGAGCAGCAACUUGAAGUACUCAGCAAACAAUCACAGAAUUCUGGAUUAUCAACAUGCUCAAGAUUCUGUGCUCCUUCUUUCUCAUGCGUUGAGUCUGAUUCCAACUCUUUCUACAACAGUGGAAAUGACUAUCCCAGUUGUGAGGCAGUUAUAUUAGGUAACAAGGAUGCUCAAUUUGAGGCACUCCCUACCACACCUUAUGACAUGUCUGAUUCAGGAAAUCCUUCAAAGUUGGUCCCAGGUCUAGUGGUAACUGCUCCUGAAUUUUCAAGUGAUGAUGAGGAGGAGGAAGAGGAUCAGUCAUCAAGUCUAGUGAUACAUCCUUCAAAGAAUACACCAAGGCCUGCUUUGACAAUUGAUUAUGCCCUAGCAUCUGCACUAGCUGGGUUUAUGUCUCUGACUUCUACUCAGCCUCAGAAGUGUACUCAAACUUUUUCAGUUGAAGCUCCUGAGUUCUUAAAUGAAGAAGAUGGUAGCCCUGACACAAAAGCUUCAGCAAGAGUUGAAGAAAUAGGGACAGAGCCAUCCAUGUGCUUUGGUGAAUCUGAUGGGAUACAAAAUGUGAAAGAUUCACUUGCUGAUUCAUCCAGAAUUUCUUCAUAUAGUGAGGAGAAUGUUGAAAGAUCUAAUGAUGAGCACUCUGUUAAACCAGACGGAAUUCAUGUGCAGCACGAGUGUCAUGAGGGCGGUGAAGAAGACAAACCUGAUGGUAAGAGCGGUGAGAAUGCAGUUGAUCUGGCUAAUCAUGGCAUGGCUCGAACUGAUUUUUGUCAGAUAACAGAAGAGAUUGAGAAUGGAGUAGUCAUCACUGAGAUGAGCAACAUUGCCAACCCUGAUAAAACUGAUAUUCCAAACGGGGUGCCUCAAAAUGAGACUGAUGAUGGAUUUAAUAACACUCAGGAUGAUGCUAAUACAAAGGAAGUGACAGAAGAGAAUUCUGACAGAUGUGCGAAGGAAGUGACAGAAGAGAAUUCUGACAAAGAUGUUUUGAAGAAUAUCCUUGAAUUCUCACGUGCUUCUUCUGUGGUGGAUUUUGAAAUUCCAGUGUUGGAUGUGAAAUUUACUUCUCUUGAAAGUUGCAGUGCCACUUGUUCUCUUGCAGCCCUUUUGUCUGAAUCGCCGGAAUCAAUGACUGAAGCACCUUGUGUGAGGCAAAGUGAUGAUGUGCCCCCGGUUGGUGAGGAGUCUAGCUUGAUUUUGGUGGAAGAUCGGGAGCCGGUUGGUCCUGCUCCUGAUGGUAAUUUUUCUGUGGAUAUGGAUUACUAUAGUGUAGCAGAACCUUUGAGCACAUGGGAUGCGAAUCUGCAGUGUGAAACAUCCAAUAGCCAUGAGACUUUUGCUGCAAGUCUCAUUUGAUAGCUUCUGUGUUAAUAACUUUGUUAGUCUGUACAUAAAUUUGUCUAGACAAGAAUUGGUCGUGUACUAUCGUGUGUUUUUACCGUGCUUUAGUACUCAUAAACCAAUUCAGAGAAAACUGGCUGCAUAUUUUGAGGAGUCUCUGAAUUCUUCAAUGCUCAACUGGUAUGCAUGUAGGUGGCAUAUCACUUCAGGGAUU